GGAGUUCUGAGCCCCGCCCAUGGCUUUGCUGCCCCACUGUCUGGCCCUUCAGACCCACUACCAACAAAUCAGCCCAGCUUUUGCGUGCACCUUCUGCCUGGUUCCUCCAGUGUUACCACUAUAAAGAAAGUGGUUCAACAGCUCCAGCUGGAGACGGGCCUCAACUGUGUGAAGAUUUCCCAGAAGGCUGCAGGUUUGAAACAAUUCUGUCUGCAGAAUGCUCAAUAUGACCCCCUGCUGACUGCAGUGUAUCCAAGUACCAAUCCCUUUAGACUCCAGAAAGUCGGUUCCUUUUUUUAGUGAAGUGAAUCUUUCUUUUAAAAAAUGUAUGUAUGUAUGUAUGUAUGUAU